AUGGAGCAACGCGCCGCCCGAAAAUUGGCGACAAGCGCCUUGCCCGCUGCCGAUCAUGCCACCAUUACGGCCUGUCUGACCGUUCUUCAUGAACUCGCCGAUGCCGACGCUGCAGCCCUGGACCAGGCCGACGAGGAGGGCGGGUCCAUCCCCCUCCCAGCGCCAAACAAAGACGUCCACGAGCCUUCGUCAAGCCUGUCACGCCGCAUCUUUGGCGCUGGCGUCAAGCUCGAUACCCCCAUACCCAUCUCCCUGGAUGAUCUCUUACGUCGAGCCGAAGCCAAUCGCGUCCGCCAUCGCCGCACAGCCGCCACUGCAAACGCCUCCGCCCCGACCAAACGUCGAGAACCCCGAACCACCCCCUCGCAUGGGUCCGGGCACAGCGCAGCCAGCGCCCAGUCGGCCGCAGCGGCUGCACCUCGAGCACGUCCCACCUCCACGACGACCGCCGCAGCUGCAGCCGGCCCGCCUUCUGGCCAGCAUGGUGAUGGGUGGCUGCUGGCCGCUUGCCUCGAAGCCUUUAAUCCAGACGUCAAUCUGGCCCAGCAGAUUGCCGCCUCCGUGCUCACUGAACUUCGUUCCACAAAAAGCGACGAUGAAAUGCAAUUUCAACUCAUCAACCUCCUGGGUGUUGAACGGUUCGAUUUGAUUGCCGAGAUCUUGCAGCAUCGCCGCGAGAUUGCCGCCGCUCCACUCACCGGCCAAGUCCGCAGCGGUGCCAGUGUCGCCGGCAACGCCAGUGCGCCUCGCGCUCAGCCAUCUAUUGUCAGCAGCAUCACCGUUCAGACUGCCGCUGAAAAGAAAGAACUCAAAGAGCUGCGCAAGCAGGAGAAGCGGCUGGCCAAGGUGGCGGCCAAACAGCGCAACGCAGUGGAUGAGUCAGCCAUGUCUGAUGAGGAUCGCCUUGCGGCUCUGCUUGGGUAUCGCCCCGAGGAUGCCUUGGAAGUCCGGCGCGCAGCACUCGACCGAGCGGCCCAGCAACCUAUUUUCACCGCCGCAGCCCAGGCGCCCCGCGCUGAAAAGUAUCCCUUUGUCUUUGACUCAAAGCAAGAUAUUCAGGUCGCUUCCGCCUACAUUCAGGGCUCAAAGCUGAUGCUCCCAGCCAAUACAAUUCGCGAGCAAGAUGGCCGACGGGAGGAAGUCACCAUUCCACCCCCAGAGCGCCGCCCUCCCAUGACCUCAGAACGUCGCAUUCGCGUCGACGAGCUCAACCCCAUCGGCCGUCUCGCCUUUCAGGGGUUUGAAGCCCUGAAUCGCAUCCAAAGCAUUGUAUACGAGACUGCUUAUAAAACCAAUGAGAACCUGCUGGUCUGCGCGCCUACAGGCGCUGGCAAGACCAACAUUGCCAUGCUAAGCAUCCUACGCGCGGUCGAGCAGCACGUAGAGCAAGGCGUUAUCCAGAAGGACAAGUUCAAAAUGGUAUACGUGGCUCCGAUGAAGGCCCUCGCCGCAGAAAUGACGGCGUCGUUUGCCAAGCGCCUAGCCCCGCUCAACUUGAGCGUCAAGGAGCUUACAGGUGACAUGCAGCUCUCCAAGGCGGAGAUUAUGGCAACCAACAUGCUCGUGGUUACGCCCGAAAAGUGGGACGUGGUCACUCGCAAGAGUACGGGCGACGCUGCGCUUUCCCAGCUUGUGCGCCUGCUCAUCAUCGACGAGGUCCAUCUUUUGCACGACGAGCGUGGUCCCGUCAUUGAAAGCCUGGUUGCUCGUACUCUUCGCUUGGUCGAGUCAUCUCAGAGCAUGAUUCGCAUUGUUGGUCUGUCGGCCACCCUGCCAAACUAUGUCGAUGUUGCCGCCUUUUUGCGAGUGAAUCCUUACAAGGGCCUUUUUCAUUUUGAUGGCGGGUUUCGCCCCGUGCCCCUGCAAACUACGUUCAUUGGUGUCAAGGCCAAGAAUCGCUUCAAGGCCGCCAACGACAUGGACGAGUGCUGCUUCGAGAAGGUUCUCGAAAAUGUUGAGCGUGGCGAGCAAGUUAUGAUCUUCGUGCACGCUCGCAAUGCUACCUUUACCACGGCCUCCAAAAUGGUCGAGCUAGCCCAAGGUCAAGGCGUGUCCUCGGUGUUUGACUGUUCCGAUGCCGGCGUGGAAUACGAGAGCGCUAAGAAAGCCAUCAUGAACUCUCGCAACAAACAGUUGAAGGAACUUUUCUCCAAGGGCUUUGCCAUCCACCAUGCGGGCAUGAUGCGCUCGGAUCGCAACCUGGUCGAAAAAUAUUUUGCCAAAAAGCUCAUCAAAGUGCUCUGCUGUACGGCCACUCUGGCUUGGGGUGUCAAUCUUCCAGCGCACGCCGUCGUGAUCAAGGGCACUCAGCUCUAUGAUGCACAACAGGGCAAUUUCGUUGACCUGGGCAUUCUCGACGUACAGCAGAUUUUUGGUCGCGCUGGCCGACCCCAAUUCGACAGUUACGGCGAGGCAUACUUGAUCACGUCCCAUGACAAGCUGUCCCACUAUUUGUCCCGCAUCAUGAACCAAAAGCCGAUCGAAAGCAAUUUCAAAACCCGAAUCAAUGACAACCUCAACGCCGAGGUUGCGUUGGGCACUGUGACCACAGUGGAGGAGGCCAUUGAGUGGUUGAGCUAUUCUUACCUCUUUGUUCGCAUGCGCCGCAAUCCAAUGGCGUAUGGCAUCACGCCCACACAGCGUCAAGAUCCCACGCUGCGCCAAGUGCGCGAGGAAAUCAUCAUAGCCAGUGCGCGUUGCCUGGAUGACGCUCGCAUGAUCCGCUUCCAAGAAGCGGCCGGCUUUCUCAAUUCGACAGACAUGGGUCGGAUUGCCAGCCACUUUUACAUCCGCGUUGAAAGCAUCGAAACCUUCAAUGAGCUCAACAAAAACGUCAUGACCGAGGCAGACAUCCUGGCCAUGGUCAGCCGGUCUCAAGAGUUUGAGCAAAUCAAGUCUCGCGAUGAAGAAAUGGACGAGUUGAAGCUGCUUCUGGACGACGCCUGCGUGUUGCAUCCCGUCAAGGGCGGUAUCGAGAACACUUACGGCAAAGUGAACAUUCUCCUCCAAGCCUAUAUUUCGCAAGCACCAAUCUACUCGUUUUCCUUGAUUUCCGACAUGAACUACGUGGCUCAAAAUGCCGGUCGUAUCCUGCGUGCGCUCUUUGAAAUGGCCGUGCGCCAGAAUCGCGGUACCAUGGCCAGCACGCUGCUACGGCUGUGUAAGUGCGUGGAUCGCCGCCAGUGGUAUGGACUCAACUCACCCCUGCGUCAGCUGGAUCACUACUUGAAACCAGAAGUGCUCUACAAGAUUGAGAGCCGUAAUUUGACCGUGGAUGAUUUGCGUGAGAUGGACAAGAGCGAGAUUGCCGAUUACUUGCGCAGCCCCGCCAUCGCCGAGCGGGUGCAGCGCGCAGCAUGGAUGAUUCCCAGCAUCGAUCUCGAAGUGAACCUCCGCCCGAUUACACGCACCGUGGUUCAGGUGACUUUGACAAUUACGCCUGCUUUCGAGUGGAACAUGAAGUACCACGGUGGCAGCCAGCACUUCUGGAUCAUGGUGGAAGAUCCCGCUACGGAGCAUCUUUAUCACUCUGAGCUGUUUGCUUUGCACGCUGACAAGUGCCGAAGCCGCAAUCCUGAGGACCGCGUUCAAUCGCUUUCUUUCACCAUUCCCAUUUUUGAACCCCUGCCACCACAAUAUUACGUGCGAGCCAUCAGCGAUCACUGGUUGGGGUCGGAAACGGUUGAACCCGUCACUUUUAAGCACUUGAUUCUUCCCGAGCUGCAUCCGCCACACACCGACCUUUUGGACCUGCAGCCGCUGUCCAAGGCGGCCUUCAACGACCCACGCAUCGAGGACCUCUAUCGCUUUACCCAUUUUAAUCCCGUGCAGACGCAGGUGUUUCACACGGUCUAUCACACCGACCACAACGUCCUUUUGGGCGCUCCUACGGGUUCGGGUAAAACGGUGGUGGCCGAGUUGGCUCUUUACCGCCUCUUUCGGGAACACCCCGGCAAGAAGGCCGUGUACAUCGCGCCCCUCAAGGCUCUGGUCCGUGAGCGCAUGGACGAUUGGCAAAUCCGCCUUCAACAAAAGCUUGGCCGCCGCGUGGUCGAGCUGACCGGUGAUGUCACGCCCGAUGCACGAGCCAUUGAGCGCGCGGAUGUGAUUGUGACCACCCCAGAAAAAUGGGAUGGUAUCUCGCGUUCUUGGCAAAAUCGUGACUAUGUCCGCAAGGUCACGCUCGUGAUUAUUGAUGAGAUUCAUCUGCUGGGUGGUGACCGUGGGCCUGUCAUCGAGGUGAUUGUGUCCCGCACCAACUACAUCUCAGCACACACUUCUCACAAAGUGCGCAUCGUGGGUUUGUCCACGGCUUUGGCCAAUGCUCACGAUCUGGCCAACUGGCUGGGGAUUACUCGCGCCGGCCUGUUCAACUUCAAGCCAUCGGUUCGGCCCGUCCCGCUGACCAAGCAUAUUCAGGGUUACCCUGGCAAGCACUACUGCCCGCGAAUGGCUACCAUGAACAAACCCACCUACGCCGCCAUUCGCACACACAGCCCAGAAAAACCCGUGCUAGUCUUU